UGUAGAGAGGAAAAUUUUGAGCUCUCCAAAAUCACUUCAACUUCUUGUUCACCUAUCUCUGUCUCCCAUUGCCAUUGCCGCCGUCGUCGUUUUCGCUCCGUUCAGAAAUCGCCGUAGCUGUUUCCAACGCUCUACUCAGAAACGUUUCGCCUAUACUUUGUUCAGAAAUCUAAAGUUUCUAAUGCUUCGUUCGAGGAGGCAGCAAUAAUCCCAAGAAAGAAAUCGGAUUUAGCAAUGAAGAGAGAGCGAGGAAAUAGGGAUAUAUUCUGGAUGAAAAGUGCUUAUAGUGAGGGAGUACGUGAGAUAGUUCUGGGCUUAUAUUAAUCCGAACGUGGAGAUGAAUGAGAAGGAAAAUAAGAUGAUGAAUGAGGAGGAUCAAAGUGACCCUCCUGAGGUUUUCCCUCAUUCGAUUCAGACUCCGACUCAGCCUCAAGGGCGACGUCCCAGGGGUUUCGCUGCCACUCAUCAAUUGGGUCCCAACACCACCACCACCGGCGGUCAUUCUCCUUCUGAUAAUCCAUCGAAAGGAGGGAAGAGAGAAAGGGAGAGGGAGAAAGAGAAGGAGAGGACCAAGCUUCGAGAGCGUCAUCGUCGAGCCAUCACCAGCCGCAUGCUUGCCGGCCUUCGUCAGUAUGGCAACUUCCCUCUUCCCGCACGCGCCGACAUGAAUGACGUUCUUGCUGCCCUUGCUCGCCAGGCUGGCUGGCUUGUCGACCCUGACGGCACCACAUACAGGCCUCAACAUCAUGGACAUCAUGGUGAUGCUUCUUACAACAACAACAAUUGCCAACAAUCUUCAUCAAGAGAUUCUCUUGUAGACGUAGAUGUCGAUUCCCUUCUCCCAAUCCACGACAACACCAACACCAACACCUUGUCAAUGUCAAUGUCUCCAACAUCUCUUGAUUCUGUUGUAAUUGCGCCGCCGCCCGACACAGCAGACACCACUGCCUCUAUUCAUUCGCCUCAAACUCAAAAUCAACUUAUGCAACAAGAAGAUUUUCCUUCUGUGGCCACACCUUACGUCCCUGUUUAUGUCAAGAUAUCUAGUGUUAUUAUCAACAAUUUCUGUCAACUGGUUGACCCUGAAAGUGUGCAACAAGAGCUAACUGAUCUGCAGUCUCUAAACGUUGAUGGUGUUGUUGUCCAAUGUUGGUGGGGUAUUGUUGAGAGCUGGACCCCACAAAAAUACAUUUGGUCUGGUUAUCGACAUCUUUUCAACAUUGUCCGACACUUCAAGCUCAAGUUGCAGGUUGUGAUGGCAUUUCAUGAGUAUGCAGCAAGUGAAUCUGGUGAAACACUAAUCACUCUUCCUCAGUGGGUUCUAGAGAUUGGAAAGGAAAACCCGGAUAUAUUCUUUACUGAUCGUGAAGGAAGGAGGAAUACUGAGUGUUUAUCUUGGGGUAUUGACAAAGAACGGGUCCUGCAAGGAAGAACCGGUAUCGAGGUCUAUUUCGACUUAAUGAGAAGCUUCCGCACAGAGUUUGAUGACUUGUUUGCUGAGGGCAUUAUUUGUGCUGUGGAGAUUGGACUUGGACCGUCUGGGGAGCUCAAGUAUCCAUCCUUCUCAGAGCGAAUGGGAUGGAAAUAUCCUGGUAUCGGUGAGUUCCAGUGCUAUGAUAAGUACCUAGAACAAAGUCUGCGAAAAGCAGCUAAAUUACGUGGACACUCAUUCUGGGCAAGGGGACCUGAUAAUGCUGGUGAAUACAAUUCCAGACCGCAUGAAACUGGCUUUUUUUGCGAACGGGGCGACUAUGAUAGCUAUUAUGGACGCUUUUUCCUCCACUGGUAUGCCCAAUCAUUGAUAGACCAUGCAGACAAUGUUUUGUCUCUUGCCAACCUUGCAUUUGAGGAAACAGAAAUGGUUGUUAAGGUUAAUGCAGUUUACUGGUGGUACAAGACACCUAGUCAUGCAGCGGAGCUAACUUCUGGAUACUAUAAUCCGACAAACCAGGAUGGAUACUCUCCAGUUUUCGAGGUUCUGAAGAAACAUGGGGUGACAGUGAAGUUUGUUUGCUCAGGCUUGCAAAUGUCUACCCAAGAUAGUAAUGAAUUUUUGGCUGAUCCAGAAGGUUUGAGUUGGCAGGUUUGCAAUUCUGCUUGGGAUCGAGGACUGACUAUAGCUGGUGAAAAUUUACUGUCAUGUUAUGAAAGAGAAGGGUACAUGAGAAUAGUUGAGAUGGCAAAACCGAGAAAUGAUCCUGAUCGUCGUCAUUUCUCAUUCUUUGUGUAUCAACAGCCAUCUCCUCUAGUUCAAGGAACAAUGUGCUUCUCUGAGCUGGAUUACUUCAUCAAGUCCAUGCAUGGUGAAAUAGCAAGCGAUCUAGUUUCCUAAUGGUACAAGUUUCUACUUUAUCGAAGGCUGUUACCGACACAAAAACUACAGAUAUCAAGUUGCUUUCUUCACUGGGAGAUUCAUAGAAAGUUCGGUUUCGGGUGCAAAGUACAAGGUGUUUGUAGGUGUGAUUGUGUCAUGUCUCUAAUCAGUGCAACAUUUUUAUGUUAUAAAUUAUGUCUUUCUUAGAAACGCAAGGUAGUUGGUAAAUUUUUUUCUGGGAAAGUGUUACAGGUAAAACCCUCCAUUUACCUUCUUGCCAUGAGUUGAGCCUAACUAUUUAUUCAUGUAUAGACUAUGUAUGAUAAACUGUGUAAGCCAGCAAAUCUCGACUCA